GCUGAUAAAAAAAAUGUAUAGGAUCGUGUACUUUUGACAAACAGGUGCAGAGAUAUUAGGGUUUAAAGGUUUUUUGAUGACGUCAUUAACCUGUCCAUUCCGAAACGGAUUCCCUGACCUAGGUUUGGGAAACCUACCCAAAUUGGUCCCAGGUAGUCCCUAGUUACCCACACAGGAGAUGACGUCAGUUAUUUCCACCCGUUUCCAAGUUAUUAAGCCUUAAAUUUAAAAGUGCAAUGCAAUGGCUUCACUAAUCUUAAUAUACUUUCCUUUGACGUCAAUAUUGCUUUAACGUCAAAGUUUGCUAAUUUACAGAACAAAUUUAUAGGCGAUGUUUUAUAGAUUUUAUCAAAGAAAUUUUAUCCACUUUGCAAAAGUGACAGACAGCACACGGAACUGGCGUAUUAUUAUAUAGAUCAUUAUUGUUUAAAAAUUUUUUCACAAUUUUGUACAAACAUUUUCGUUUUUUAAACCAAAUUAUUUGACUUCUGUGGUGUAUUCCACCUACAAAAAUUAAAACAAUAGGAAUGGAAAGUGCUUUAUACGAACCCUCUGAUAUUGUUUACUAGUUUUUCUAAUUCUCAUCAUCUCUUCAUGUGAAAAGAAGUAAAAAAUGAUGAAUAAAAAUUGAUGUUGCGUGAUCGAUGGUUUUAGAAUUUCUUGUUGUUUUACAAGUUUUUCUACAAUUUAAAAGAUAAACACACUUUUUAAAUAUUUCUAUAUUUAAAGACCACCAACGAUACUACCUUUUUGACAAGAAGUAAUUCCUGCAAAUUCUUGCAAAUUUUACACAAAAGAUGUAUUGUUAAUACUAAUACCUUAAAAUAUCUGACAAUUCCUGUCUUUUCCUGACUACAGCAGAUUUUUUGUCGUCUUCUUUAGUUAAUGGGGACGCUGCGUAGAGAUCGAAGGUGCGUGUUGUUGACACACUUCAUAAAGAAAUAGACCAGAUGGAGAUGACCGCAAUAGCAGACGAAACAGACAAUCAGUUUGAUUACAAAAAGAUUUUUCCAGAGAAAAAUUCAACGUACAAGGAGACAAAUAUUUAUCCUGCAAACAUGACGAGGCGCCACACAAUUGCUUUCAUAAUACUGUUUGUUCUAGUCAUCGCAGUUUCCACCGUUACUAUUUUAAUGGUUGUAGGAGUGAUCAGUCAUGGUGACACUGGAACACUUGAGCGAAAGGUGCAAAAGUUGUCGCGAAAGGUGGAAGAUUUGACUGUAUUGUCAGAGAAAUUGAAACUUCUGACAGAUACGCAACAAAAGAAUAUUGCAGGACUAACUUCAAAACUGACUGUUCCAGAUAAAACAAUAAAACAGAUGAGUAUUAAGAUUUCCAACAUUACAGACAAGCUAGCAGCUCAAGCGGGUGUGAUAACAUCUUUGAAAGUACAGAUAGUUUCACUAACGAAAAGCUUAUCAGUCUCACGUGAAAAACAAACAAUACUGGCUGAAGAAAUGUCUAAUCAGACGAAGGCUUUCACAAAUUUCACAACAAUUAUCCAGAAUACGGUCAGCUUAGCAUUUGAAAGGAUCCUUAAAGAAGAAAAUUUAACAAUUCAUCUCAACAAUAAGACAAAUGAAAUGUUAGACAGAGUUAUAUUCCAAGAAAAUAAAACCGAGACAUUUCUUAACCAGACAAAAGAUAUUGUUAAACAGGUGACUUCUAAUCAAAAAAUGGCGGCAUGGUUAAAUAAUAAAACGACGUUGAUCGAAAAAUCUAUAGACGAACAAAGAAUUAAAACGAUAGCAUUAAAAGAAUGGACGACCUCGAAAGCGAAAAACUUAACAAAUGAUGUUGCAGUAUUGAUGAACUCUUCUUUAAAGUUGAAUACCGAGACAACAUCUAUGAUGAAUUCUUUAAACAAACAGAAAAAUAAAACAUCAAUGUUAGAAGAAUUGUUAACUUCAAAGACGACGUUGAUCGAAAAAUCUAUAGACGAACAAAGAAAUAAAACGAUAGAGUUAAAAGAAUGGACGACCUUGAAAACAAAAUCUAUGAUGAAUUCUUUAAACAAGCAGAAAAAUGAAACAUCAAUUUUAGAAGAAUGGGUAACUUCAAAGACAGAGAACAUUACAAGCGAAGUUGAUGCGCUACUAAGAUCUUCGCUGGAUUUUAAAAAUGAGACGUCGUUGAUCAAGAAAUCUAUAGACGAACAAACAAACAAAACGUUAGCAUUAAAAGAAUGGAUGGCUGCAAAAGCGAAAAACAUGACAAAUGAUAUUACAGUAUUGACGGAUUCUUCUUCCAAGUUGAAUGACGAAAUAACAUUGGUCAAAAGAUCUAUAAAUAAACAAAAAAAUGAGACGCUUGUAUUAAAAGAAUGGAUGACUUUAAAAACCUACAAUAUAUCAUUUAAAGUGGAAAUAUUAUCAAUCGCCUCCUUGGACCUAAAGAACGCGACAAAAAGUUUGGCUCAUCGACUGUCUCAGCAUGACAACAAUACAUGGACAGUAAAACAAAUAUUGACAAAACAGGAGCGAAAUAUCCAACAGCUUUGCUCUGUAACUGAAAUCUUAAAAAAUCAGACCAUCAAUAUAACAGACGAAGUCAAGACAUUGCAACUUUCAUCCUUGGACUUAAAAAAUGAGGGGAAUGUGAUUUGGCAAAAAUUACGAGACCAAGAAAAUGUGGCAACCUUUUUGCGCAAUAAGACCCAGCAUUUAAGUGACCAAAUUUCGGAGCAGGAUAAUCGCACAUUGAAUGUUGAAGUUACGUUGGCGAAAAAGACACAAGAUAUCUUUACCAGACUCAAUGGUCAAGAGAAUGCAACAUCAGAGCUCCAAACUAAGAUAUUGCAGACAACCAAUGAUCUGAAUAUCCAAAGCGGUGCGAUAUCUCAAGUACAGAAUGAGCUGCGUUACAUCAGAAAUGUAUUGAAUGCAAUGAACUUUCAAAAAGAAAUAGAUGAAGCAAUUAAAAAAUGUAAUUGGCAAACUGGUGAAGGAAGGUCGGGGAGUUUAUUUAGCAAGGUCGCGUCUGGUGCUGGAGUGGUAUCCAGGAAUAAAUGCGUAGAAGCUUGUUUUAAAAAAGGUUUGCAAUACAAUGGUGCAAUAAUUAGAACGAGAAAUAGUGAGUGUUAUUGCAUUUCCAAUAUGACUAGCAAAGAUGCAGAUACCACUUAUGUGACUUGCUAUAUUAGAUAAUAAAAUUUGACGUGAAGCAACUAUAUAAAUCUGGGCAAUUUCUUUAUAAUAUAGACUUUUUAAGAAACGAAUUAGCACAUUUCUAUCAAAGUAACAACUUAUAAUACACAAAAUUUUUACAGGAUAUGUCGCCUUAACCCUCUUCCUGCUGGGGCUCCCCAAUGCUGGGGAUGGUGCUGAUUCGGCCUCUUCUGUAAUUUCCGAAGUUGCUGUUCAAUAAAAUAACAACUUAGUCAAAAAAAUUGCUGAUGUAAGCGCUUUUGCUAAUGACGUCCAAUUUGUGGAAAUGGGUAAAAAUUAGCUUAAACUUGAAAUUUAUAAAAUAUUUGUAUAAUUGCUUUGUUAUUAAAAUUAUCUAUCAAUAUAUACUAAAAAGUCCCCAAAGCGAAUACUAUUAAAAAUUUUGAAAAAAUUUUACUCAACUUGAAAAUCGAUUGUCAUGGCAAUACUUUGGCAUAUAUUUCCGAAAGAAAAUUCCGAAAAAUAAAAAGUAGAUAAAAGUUAGAAAAAGUAACAAAAUGUCAAGGUGUAACUAGGUGUAACUAACUGGGAGGAGAGGCUGAAUCAGCCCUUCCCGCAGCACGAAUAGGGUUAAGUUAUGAUAUGAUUAUACUUUUUAUACCAGUUAUAUAAAGAAAAUAAUAUAUAACAACAUAUCGAGAGUUAUAAUUUAUGACUGACGAUUUCUUUAAGGCAGUAUACAUUAUGUUUUAUAAAUAUACUGAUACCAUAUGCUUUUUAAAUUUUCAGGAAAAUUAAAAUCACGAAAUGCUUAAAAUUUUAAUAUUGCUGUUCGUGAACAUAUGUACUCUAGAAUCUUCAUUAUUCUCGAAAUCUUCAUCUUUUUGCCAAUUUUUACAAUUUAGCUGAAAAAAGGUCUUCAUGAAUUUUUUUAAUAUGGUAACUAUCAAAUAAAAAAAACUCAAAACUCAAUAUUUUGUCUUUUCUAAUCGUUCAUUUAAUUAUCCCUUCAAGCAAAUUUUUUAGAAAAAGCUUAUUUUUCAUUCGCGAACAUAAUUUACUUGAAAAUUUAUCCCCUUGAAGUACACAAACCGUUGUCAUUUGAAAUGUUUUUAAUUUGUAUAUUUUUACAACUUGUUGUUUAUCGGAAUAAAAUAAACAUUGAAAGACCGUCUAUUUUGCACUAAUUAAGACCAUUCAAAACCCAGUGCUUUCACAACACCAUCAACUGUUAAUUGCAACAGUUUUAGAAAACAUCGUGUAGACACGGCCGCCGGUAAACGUCAAGACCAGUAUAUGAACCAUUAAAACC